CCCCUCUCCUGAUACUAAUAACAACCCCCCUCCUGAUACCAAUAUCAACCCCCCUUCCAAUAAUACCACCAACCCCCCUCCUAAUAACACCAUAAACCUCCCUCCCUAUAAUAAUACCACCAACUCACCUCCCAAUAAUAAUACUACCAACUCACCUCCUGAUAACAAUAAUCUUCCUUCUAAUAAUGAUAACGACCCUAAUAUUAACAACAACGAUA